AUGGAAAUCCUCCCGCCACUCAUAUCGCUCGCCUCCGCCUGCAUCGUUUACCCGCUGACUGUCAUCGUUUCGAUUGCAUAUUUUCUUCUGGAGCUCUUGGCUAGCCCCAUCGUCCAUCUCUCGUCGCAAGUAUACCGCAUUUUCGCCUUGCUGGUACGAGGUGUGCUGAAAUUCGAGCCGCUGUACACAUAUUUCGGCGUUGCUGGCCUUUUCGGUGCCAUCACUGGCUUCAUCCUUUAUCGCAUACUAUGCGCAACAUACCAGCUACUAGGCAUUUCUCCUUGCGAUGAACUCGACCUCAAACGCCAGUCAUCUGCGAUGGAGCCUGCAGAUGAAAGUGCAAGUGACGAGCAUUCCUUUACGAACCGUGAGAAGGGAUUCUCCCGUCUGCAGAAACUUGCCAGCAAGAACGAAGCUGGUUCUUCGCGCUGGUUUCUGAGCCCACAGGCCCAAAGGGAAGGCAUCCUCGAGGAAGGUGACGAAGAAGAAAAAGAAGAAGACACUGAUAACUGA